UCAACUUAAAAUUUUGUUGCAACAUCAGGAGAAGAUGGAAAGUGAAGAUUCUCCAUCAAGGAGGAAGAUGCAAUUCCGAAAAACCCCAGAAGCUGCAACAGAAGACUUAGCAGAUCCUUCUGAUCUUAUUCCUAGAAUUAAUGAUCAGUCUCAGUACAUUAACCAUUUAGAAGCAGAAGUGAAGUUUUGCAAGGAGGAGUUGUCUGAGAUGAAAGAUCAGGUUCGAGUAGUUAUACUUGAAAAUGAGGACCUCCAUCAGAAACUGAAAUUUUUGACUGCAGAAUAUGCCUUGGGAGAACAAGCUCUUCUAGAUACUUCAAACUCCAGGCAUAAUGAUUUGAAGCUGCGUCAACCUUCUAAAUCGUCAUCAGCAUAUAACAGAGAUCCAGCUUUGGUUUCAAAAACUGUUGGAGAAGUAGAAAAAUGGCAUGUAGAACUGGAGAAACUAAAACUUCUUUAUCAGGAUAAAGUCAGUAUCUUGGAUGCCCAAGUACAAUCUCUAAGGAAACACCUUUCAGAAUCUCAGAAGACAUGUGAAGAUUUGGAAGCAAGGUUAAAACAUCAGAAAUCACUUGUUUCAGCCACAAAUUCUAGUCGAGUUGGUGGUCUUUGUCUCAAAUGUGCACAGCAGGAGGCAAUUCUUGCACAGACACAUUCUAAUGUUCACAUGCAGGCCAUUGAGAGAGUAACAAAAGAAAGAGAUGAUUUGAUGGAUGCACUUGUUUCAGUGAGGCAAAACGUGAAAGAGAUGCAGCAAAGAGAAUCAAAUGCAUAUGAGCAAGUUAAACAAGCUGUGCAAAUGACAGAAGAGGCCAAUUUAGAAAAAACAAAGGCUCUCGUUCAGUGUGAGCAACUGAAAAGUGAGAUGGAACGCCAGAAGAAUCGUCUUGAAAAGGAGUUAGCUGUGCAGCUCAAUAAGAGGACUGAGGAGAAAGAAGCUCUGCGAGAAGAAAUGAAGAAAGAAAGGGAGAACUUGGCAGCAAUGGUGACGGCCAUGUCUGAGAAUGUUGCCAUGUUAGAGGCUCAAGUAGAGAGAGUUACAAGGGAAAAGAAUUCUCUAGUUAACCAGUUAGAAGAAUCACAACAUCAGCUUGCAUCUCACGAAAUGGAGAUGAACAAGGUAGGCACAUUGCUUUACUUCAUUGUUGUGACUUGGAAGAUGAGAGUUUUUUUUUGUUUCUCCAUUUUCCUCUGUACUGGUAAAGAGCGCGUGAUUACAAAUGUAAACUCUUCUGAAGAUUCCAUGUAAAGUUUUACAGGAGAGAACUUUUAUGUCUGCCAAGUCACCUUGUGAUUCAAAAGUUAAGCUUACUUUUUCACAGGCUACGCAAAUUCUGAUUAUAAUCUGUAUUAGGUGUAAGUAAGUCACAUAGUAUUCAACCCUGUCUUGUAAUUAAAGUUUUUUCAAGUACUUUCUUGUAGAAAUGCUUUGCAGUGUACUCCUUUACUAAUUAAUGUUGAUGAUAAGCAUUCUACAAAGAAAUAUUUCUUCUGUGUAAGAAUUACUGUUUAAAAUAUAUAUUAGAUCUGUUUUAUGUACACACAGUAUAAAAAAUUUAUAUUCAAAUUAGGUCUGUCUGUAUCAGUUUGGAGUGCUCUAUAUUGCACAUUUCUCAACCGAUUAGAGCCUUAAUGUCAGUCAUGACAUGAGAAAUAAAAAAAAAUGCAGUCUGAAGCUUAUAAUGGAGAAUGAUAGCUUGUUACAGCAGUUAUUUUUUUAUCGUAGAAAUCAAUUCAACUUCAUGAAGAUGAGGGGAUGCUAAUUUUAUAUAGAAUAGACAAUCUGCGAAUGAAAAUUUGUUAUGACCUUUUGAAAUGUUUGUGGCUGCUCAGUAACCCUAUAGCCAAUAGUUAAUCGCACGGUUUUGGGGUGCAAUUUGUUCUUCAGGCCUCCACUUCUGGGGAGAUUAUCAGCUGUUUGUCUUCAUCAGCUGCUCAUUCUGCUACAAGUAGGUGAAAGUUACGCAGAAAAUUUACAGCAAGGAGCCCAUCAAAUGCACUAGAAAACUUCAAAUUCAAAUUCAACUGAAAGAAAUAGGAAAGCUCAUUUUAAGAAUGUAAAAACGAUCUGUUCUGUUUUACCUCUUCUGAUACAUGUAAGUUUUGGUUUUCUGGACCAGAUUUGUGAUGACUGUAGUGCUAUUUUUGAGGGUGGGGUAGCAAGGGAUGGAAGCAAUAUGUCCAAAUAUCUACUGAUUUGGGUUGACCAAUUUUAUAGCCUGCUGAUUUGAACCAAUCUCCUGAGAGAGGUGAUUUUGUGCUCCUAGUCUCUGCUUGAGUUAAAAUUGAUACAAAGCUGAAUAGGUGACCCGUUUGCAGUAGGCAAUGCUGUGUUUUCAUUGCACUGUCAUGAGAGACUGGAAAAGCGUGUUCAUGUCCCUGAGUUCAACUAAAAAUUCUGGAGGAAAGUCCCAAAGUUGAGCUCCUGGAACAACGUGCAUUGCCAUGACUGCUUUCGUUGAUUGUAUAAUGUUUACCUCCCCUAGUGUAUCUGAUUCAUUUCCAAACUUGGUUUGCCAUUAAUAAAAACA